CGGCGAAAAUUUUAUGCAGAGAGCGGGUCCACGAAUUUCAACGGAGGUCUUCGUAGGUUUCUCGCUGUGCAGCAGUUAGAAUGAGAGCUCUGUAGGGUGAUGGCCAGUGAUGGUGAUGCAGAGAGGGAUGAGAGUCGGAUGCUCUGGGUUGGGGGAGAGCCCAACACGCCGGGAUCCUUGGACCGUGCCUGCCUUUUGAGCGAGACGGACCUGCUCUUCAGCCAGUCCAGCGACAGCAGCAGUUUCAGCUCGCCCGAAACCAUCGUCCCCGAGACGCCCAGCCCAGCAUGCUACAGAAGGAGACGGCGACGGCGCAUGGUGCAGCAGGCCAGUGGAGCCGAAGGCCCAGAGCUGGAGGAGGCCACCAGUCUGGCGGUGAGGGGGUCUGCUGUGCGGGACGGGCUCCCCAGUGACACGAGCACAACCCCAUCGCACCAGAGGCCCAAACGACGGAAGCUGUCCCCGCCGGCUCUCGGCUUGAGGGACGGGGCUGAGGCCAGCAGCAACAGGGGAGCCGGCCGCCUACGGUUCCCGUCAAACGGGUUUGUCCCUGCUUCAUCUCUGAUGGCAGCAGAGUCCUCUACCUCAGCUCAGUGGCGGGGCGAGCCCUCCUCGUCUUCCUCUUCCUCGUCUUCUCGCUCUCUCGGGGCUGCACAAAUCUCAGGGAAAGCAGGCAGUGAGGGUUCCAGCAAAAGUGGGCCGGGUCGGACGAUAAGAGAACCCAGGACCGGCAGCCACAGCGGUGAGAGCAGGCAGAACUCCAGAGGGACCGUUCCGUCCAAGAGCAGGUCAAAAACCGCCAAAUGGGCCCUGCAGCGCAGUGAUUCAGAGGAGACACACCGGCACCAGUCUGGCCAGGACAGACACCUCUCCAGUGCUGUGAGGGAGAAGUCAAGAGGUCCGCCCCCGCAGUCUCUGAAGCACGAAGAGAUCGUCAUCAGUGACGAGGACGAUGACGUCAUCGUCCAGGCCAUGGUUCGCUCAGCUCAGGUGGAGGAAGAUGAAGCCUUUGCCAGAAGCUUACAGGCACAAUUUGACCGAGAGGAGCAGCAGCAGCAGGAGGAGCAGAGAAGGCAGCAGAGCAGACCCCCCAACAUACCCUUCCACCCAAAUACCCAUCCUCCGCAUGAUUACUAUGGAGAGUGGAGCUGGAUGUCCCCUCUCUCCUCCGUGAUGGACCCCAGUUUAGCGUUCCUAUACAGCUUUCCUCAGGCCUCAGCAGCAGUGGAGGGUAUGGCAGGCAGGUCAGGCAGACGCACAGUUCGCUCCCGAGGUCACAGGUCCCGCGGCUCCUCUCACAGACACGCCCACACGUAUGCCGUCUCCUUGCUCGACGACAGCCAGGGAAACAACUAUGAGGCCCUGCUGGCCUUCGAGGAGAGCCAGGGCACAGCCAUCGCCAAGAACUGCCUGAGCCAGAGGGAGAUCCAAAGGCUGCCAACCAAGGCUUUCAACCCUGCCUACAGUGCAGGAAAAACAGAGUGUCAGAUCUGCUUCUCCAACUACACGGAAGGGGAGGAGCUGAGGAUGCUCCCCUGUCUCCAUGACUACCACGUGCAGUGUAUCGAUCGCUGGCUGAAGGAGAACGCCACCUGUCCCAUCUGCAGAGUGGAUGUGUCCGAAAGUGGCUGUCUUAAAGACCCAGUGUGAGCCCAUGAUGGCCCGCCCCCAACCUCACAGCACAGUCAUGUGACUCCUGAGUCCAGCACUGGAGCGUGGCAUGUCACUAGGGAACAGGAACAGUGCAAUCACAUGACAUGACUGGCCGCUGCUGAUUGGCUGUGACAGAACAGCCCAAGAAAUGGUAGUCUCUUCCACUGACUGGCUCACUGUGCCACUCAUCCAUAGUGAUGGCAGUAUCUUCGUAUCACUGCUAGAUGGUGAAAAGGCUCUGAUAGGGGGAUCCACCAAAAUAGUCUUGGCCCCUGAGCAGUGUCUCUUCAGCAUGUUUUACUUAGGACCUUAAACAAGGCUGUUAAAACAAGAUGUUCACCCCUCAUGGACUGGCUAUCUGUAUUGUUUUUAAACAUUGCUUGGAUAUAUUUUGAUAGUCAGUAUUUUAUUUCGUUCUGAAGCGUAGAG